AUGGCGGUACCGACCGUGGCUAAAUGUCCGCCAAAUUACGACCCGUAUCGCCCGGUUGACUCGACCUUGCACCGUCAGCUAGCGCGAGACGAGCUGCGCGAAGAGACUGCGAUCGCGGAGCAGGCUCUACAGCAAAUCCGUGAUUGGAUAGCGAAGAAUCCUGCCAUCCUAACGUGCCGCACAGAUUACCCAUUUCUGUUGCGGUUUCUGCGUGUCCGCAAAUUUGCGCACCUCGCGGCGUGUGAGACGCUCGAGCGGUACCUGGCAAUGCGGCAGCGGUUCCCGGCUUGGUUCGCUACACUGGACACCACGGAGCCGUGGGUGGACGAGCUGAUAGACAGUGAGUUUAUAUUGCCGUUAGGCAGGGACGCCAAGGGCCGCCAGGUGCUUCUCGUGCGCUUUGGCCGUGUGGAUAUCGAUCGAUUCUCGGUGAGCCAACAGAUCCGAUUCAUUACGAUGAUUCAGGAGUGUCUGUUCGAGGACGAGCGGGACCAGAUCUCCGGAACAGUGACCAUCUCCGAUCACUCGCACGUGCCGAUGCGAGCGUUCGCCCUGUGGUCCUUUACGGACAUUAAGAACUACGUCGAUUGCAUCAACAAGUCGAUUCCGCUGCGAGUGCGAGAGGUGCACGUUUUAAACCUGCCCCUGUUUGCCUCCAGCGUCGGCGAAUGGAUUAUGAGCUGCUGCAGCGAAAAGUUGCGUAGUCGUUUGAAGUGUUACAGUUCGGUGGAUGCAUUCCUUUCGACAACCGACUUGAGACCGCUGCUGCCGAAAGAGUACGGCGGAGAACAGGACGCAUCGGACUUGAAGCGCCAGUUGAGGCAAACGCUAAGCCACCACAAGGAUGUUCUGCUCGGGUUGGACGGUAUGAAGCUAGAUCAAAAACGGUGUGCCUCUAUCUGGAAUCCCAGCGAGUGUACCGAACUUGAUAGUGGAGCGAUCGGCAGUUUUCGUAAGUUGGAUGUAGAUUAG